AUGGGGCGAUACUCGGGAAGAAGCUUCCGGUUAGUCCUCCUGUGCGCGGUGAGCGUCCUCCUGUUCGUGAUGGAGCUGGUGAUCGCCCACAUAGGCAACUCCCUCUCCCUGGCCUCCGAUGCCUUCGCCGUCCUCUCCCACUUUGUUUCCAUGAUCAUCGCCUGGCUUGGCGUGAGGGCCAGCAGGAUAAAACGGCACAGGAAGAGCACUUUCGGCUUUCUCCGGGCAGAUGUGGUGGGAGCGUUUGGCAACUCCAUUUUUGCCGUGGCUCUGAUGUUCAGCAUCCUGGUGGAAGCUGUCAAAAGGUAUAUCGAUCCCCAGAAGACAGAGGAGCCACUGCUGGUUCUCAGUGCUGGAGUUAUUGGCCUCUUAUUCAGUGUCCUUAACUAUGUCACCUUGGACUGCUGUUACUGCUCGGCACACAGGCCCCAGGGAGACACUGAAACAGGUGAUUCUCUGAACACCCAGAAUGAGCCAGAAGAGACUAUGAAAAAGGAGAAAAAGUCGGAAGCCCUGAAUAUCAGAGGUGUCCUUUUGCAUGUGAUGGGCGACGCCCUGGGGUCAGUGGUUGUGGUGGUCACGGCCAUCAUAUUCUACGUGCGUCCCCUGAAAGGCGAGGACCCAUGUAACUGGCAGUGCUACAUAGACCCCAGCCUGACCGUCAUCAUGGUCGCCAUCAUUUUGUCAUCUGCCUUCCCACUCAUCAAGGAGACUGCUGCCAUUCUGCUGCAGAUGGUCCCCAAAGGAGUCAACACAGAGGAGCUGAUGAGUAAACUCUCGGCCGUGCCCGGGGUUAGCAGUGUACAUGAAGUGCACAUCUGGGAACUUAUAAGUGGAAAGAUCAUUGCCACCCUGCACAUCAAGUAUCGGAAGGACAGGGGCUAUCAGGACGCCAGUAUGAAAAUUCGAGAAAUCUUCCACAAUGCGGGAAUCCACAAUGUGACCAUCCAGUUUGAGCACGUGGACUUGAAGGAGACCAUGGAGCAGAAGGAUCUGCUGUUGCUCUGUAGUUCACCCUGCAUCUCCAAGGGCUGUGAGAAACAGCUGUGCUGCCCGCCCGGGGCCCUGCCUCUGGCCCACGUCAAUGGCUGCGCAGAGCACAAUGGCUGUCCCCCUCUGGACACGUACCCAAGUGAUGGUCUCCGUGGACAAGUAACAAGAGAAGUGGCUAUUGAAGUAUCUUUGGACAGCUGUCUGAGUGACCACGGACAAGCUCUGAGCAAAACUCAGGAGGACCAACAUUAUGUCAACAGCACACAUUUUUAAUCUUGUCCUGACGUACACAGACAGUAUAGACGAGGUGUUCGGGCUUGUGGAAGGACCUCUGCGGGCUGUAGGCACUGGUCCAAUUCAUGGUGUGCGCGCUCUGUGUUCAUCAACGGGCUGGUUGUUUGGGAUGUUAAUUGCAUGUGUCUGUUAAUUUUUAUGUGACUGUGAACUCCUUUACGUCGUCCUGGGUAUCUCAUGCUGCUCUUCAACAAACUCACUGUUUUAGUUUGAACAUUUACUUCAAAAAGCAAACCAUGCCAGCAUACGUAUCAGGGACAUUGAAGGCUGGGACUCAAUGGCUGUGGACACAGGAUUCAAAGUAGUUUUUGUUUUAAAGUGAUUUCGAUUUUGUGGCUGACUCUCAGGUGAGCUCAUAGCCAAGUACAUUGAAAAAACUAAAGAACCAUGUUAGCUAAUGUUUUUUUCAUUCCAUCAUAAGAUCAUAAAAGAGGAAGGUUGGGUAGUCCUGUCACUGCAGAAUUUUUGUUCUUUGACUUGUUUUCAAAUAAAUGCAAAAUGAAUACCUAUUAAAGUAGAAAAUAGUCUCAGAACAUCAAAGGAAGGAGAGGUUAUUGGGGGAAGACAGGAAGAAAAUGCCUCCUGACUACCUCUUCAUUUUGCAGGGUGGAGAGAAAACUAGUGUUUACUUUCUGCUGUGAACUGAACUACAACUAUAGGGUGCUUCAAAUGUUUAAUACACAAAUGCUUUUUUUUUUUCACUUGGAAGUGUGGGAAUAUUUCUACUUCCUGAAGUAUGACACAAUACUUACAUUCUGUCUUGUAGAAUCAGUCCAGUUGGGAUUGUUUUCAUUUAUUGCUUAAUGACUUAUUUGUCCAAAUUUCCUUUGAGUCUUCUUUUAUAUGAUCAUGUGGAUAUAUGUAGCAUUUAUCAGGAGAAAAUGGAUAUUUCUGGGAGAGAAUAAUAUAUGACACUGAGUAUUCCUUCCUGCCAAAAAUAAGCUGGAUUGACUUUUCUUCCAUUAGACAUAUUUUAAAGUAUUUAGUAGAGUUGCCAACUAGUAACUUCAUGGAAAAGUCUAUGUGUAGAGAGACCCCGAUGGGUUGCAAAAUUGACUGACAACGAUCACCUCUUAGGCUCUAGACACAGAGUCCUGUUGUAAAUCUGUGCGGUACUCAAACAGAAAUCCUGGGUUGGUGAUGCAAAAAGCACCCACAUUUUUCAGCAUUAAUGCCGUUUAAACAAAUGUCUUAGUGUCCGUUCUUAGGCUGAAAUAAGUAAGCAUCUGUGAUCAGUAGGAUAAGAAUUUUUUUUCAUUCCUUGAAAAUUUAUUAUCUGAGUUUAAAUUGGCCAUGAAUUAGUCGAAUACGUUUUUGUCCCUAGGAGUUUGUUGGACUAGUCUAUAGAUAGUGUAUAGCCAAAAGAGGGGUAAAAUAUAAGACAACAUUUUUAUCUUUAAUCUUAAAAGUAUGGCAUGCACUCACAAAAAAAAAAAAACCAGGGGAUUCUCUUUGAAACUCACCACAGUGAUAAGUGGACCAAAAUCUAGACAGAUGUUGGUUGAGAUGCCUUGACUGGAGCCAAAGAGGAAGUCUGUCCCUCACUUCCAAUUGGUUCCCAUCAUUCGGCUUUUUAUUAGAAGGAAAAGAUUAUAAUUUUCUAGUUUCUGUGCCCCUGGCUAAAGAAAUGCAGACUAGUUUACAUCCAGAUAAUGUUCUCUACUCUCUAAAGUAUUUUUUAGGCAAGGAAAAGGCACUAAAUUUAAAUGUAACAAAUUUACCACAGAGGUAGCUUGACGACCACUUAAUCACAUACCGCAUUAUGGAGUGGAGUCAUUGUGAAAUAAUCCCUUUUAAGACAGCUAAGAGUACAUUUAAUGAGUUCAAACAAGCUCAUUCAGUGCAAUAUUUUUGUAUGGGGUUAAGUGGUUUCCUCUGUCAUCUCAGGCAGUCAUCGUGACAUCCUCUGUCAUCGUGAUGCCUGCAGUACGAUAUUUUUACUUGAGUUUUACUCUCUCUUUAGUUGUCCUGCAUUUCAAGUCUCCCAAGGAAAUGCAGGAACUUUCUUCUCGUUGGGUCAGUUUUCCUGGUGGCUCUAGGGCCUGCUGAACAGUGGCUUUACCCAACACUGUUUUCCUCUGGGAUUAGAAAGAUGCUGUCAUUUCACUUUCUAGUGUUCCUGUGUGCUUAGGUUCAUUCCAGAAAUCUUUCCUUCUUUUUUUUUUUUUUGAAAUGAAAAUAAUUUUUUUAAAAGUCUAGGGUGUCCUCUAGGACAUUGCUACAUGUAGGGCAUUGCUACAUCCCCUGGAGGCAAAUUUGUCUCUAUUUCUGAGUUACUGACUUAAACUAAGGGUAGGUGAGAGUUAUUGCUGACAAAAGUCCUUCGAGAGCCCUGUAUUCAUUUUAAUAGUAUCAGUUCUGCAGAAUUCAUUCUUUAAAAAAUGAAUUUUAGGCUGGGUGUCUCAGUUGUUUAAGCAUCCAACUCUUGAUUUCAGCUCA